AUGGAGCGGCAGGGGAAGGUGACGGGCGACCCCAAGGUCAAGGGCGAGAACUUCUAUCGCACCGCCAAAAAGGUCAAGACCCUGAACAUGUACAAGGAUGGAAAGGCCACUCGGAACAAAGAGGGCAAGAUCGUCCAGGCCGCCUCUUACCAGAGCCGGGAGGUCCCUAAGGCCGUUGUCGAGCCGAACAGGAGGUGGUUCACCAACACCCGAGUCAUCUCCCAAGACACGCUCAAGUCAUUCCGGGAGGCAAUCGCCGAGAAGGAGAAGGACCCCUACUCAGUCCUGCUGAAGAGCAACAAGCUACCUAUGAGCUUGAUUCGGGAUGGACCUAGCCUCCAGGAUGGGUUAAAGAAGCACCAGGCGAAGAUGACCAUCGAGAGCGAGCCCUUCUCGGAGACGUUCGGGCCCAAGGCACAAAGGAAACGGCCGAAGCUUAGCUUCAACACCGUCGACGAGCUUGCGGGCUACACAGAACAGAGCUUCGAUACGUAUCAAGCGCGUCGGGAACAGAUCAGGCUACUCAACGGUACUGUGGGGUCAAUAGUUCUGGAUGACGAUGAGCUGGUGGAGGAAGACUUCAGUGUCGCGACGGCGAAGGAGGCCAUCUUCAGCAAGGGCCAGUCCAAGCGUAUUUGGAACGAGCUUUGUGAGUUUCCUUGGAUGCGCGGGAUCCCUUGGGGACAAGAUGGUUUUACCUGGCCCCAGGGCUUUAGUCAGGAUCCUUUCUGCAUUCUUUAUGCCGCUUGGAUCCGAGUGCUUCAGAAGGACCACCCCACCUGCGCCAUGAGGUCGAGCAUCAAGAACCCCUUCGGGCGUGGUUCCUUGAUAGACCUUCUGCGGCAGUUCAGCAUUCUCCACAAAGACCGGAAACAGAUCAGUGUCGGUCUGAUCGGCUAUCCGAAUGUCGGCAAGUCGAGCAUCAUCAACGCCCUCCGGGGCAAGGCGGUCGCCAAGGUCGCACCCAUUCCGGGUGAAACCAAAGUCUGGCAGUAUGUUACACUAAUGAAGAGGAUCUAUCUCAUCGACUGUCCGGGUAUUGUACCACCAAACCACAACGAUACCCCCCAGGAUCUUCUCCUCCGCGGUGUUGUCCGUGUUGAGAACGUAGAGCAUCCGGAACAAUACAUUCCUGCUGUCUUGAAGAAAGUCAAGACACAUCACAUGGAAAGGACGUACGAGCUCAAGGGUUGGAAAGACCACAUCGAGUUCCUCGAACUCAUGGCGAGGAAAUCCGGCAGGCUACUCAAGGGCGGUGAGCCGGAUGUGGACGGCGUUGCAAAAAUGGUUCUCAAUGACUUUAUGCGCGGCAAAAUCCCCUGGUUCACGCCUGCUCCGGCUAUGGAAGGGGGCGACGACGACGCUGUCAUCGAUGGCAGGCAGGGGCGGCUCGGCGAGAUGCCCCUCAAGCGGAAACGUGAGGGGGAUGAAACCGUUGCCAGUACCUCAUUGGCUGGCUCGACCGUAGCAGCCGAGGAGGACGGUGAGGAAGAUGAGGAUGAGAACUUCUCUGGCUUCUCAAGCGACAGUGAUUCUGAGGAAGAAGAUGCGGCUGAUACAGCGGCUCGAACGGAAGCUGCGGAAGAUAUGAUACCCCUGGACGACUCAAGUGAUGAGGAGGAGGAAGGCUCCGAGGAGGAGGAUGGUUCGGAAGCGGGCAGUGAAGAAGAGGGUGCCGAGUCUGACCUCGAGAUCGAGGGCGCAAGUGAUGUCCUCCCGUCGGAAGAUGAAGCAGAUCCGCCAGUCCAGAAGAAGAGGAGAAAGGCCAGGUAG